AUGGCGAAGUCCGCGCCCAAGAAGGGCGUCACUAAGAGCGCCGGUAAAGGAGGAAAGAAACGCAAGAGGUCCAGGAAGGAGAGCUACGCGAUCAACGAGUACAAAGUGCUGAACCAGGUUCAUCCUGACACCGGCAUCUCCUCCAAGGCGAUGGGCAUCAUCAACUCUUUCGUCAACGACAUCUUGGAGCGCAUCUCCGGUGAGUCUCGUGUCGCUCACUACAACAAGCUCCAGCAUCACAUCGAGAGAGAUCCAGACCGCCGUGCGUCUGCUGCUGCCGGGGAACUGGACAAACACGCAGAGUCUGAGGAACAAAGACCGUCACCAAAUACACCAGCUCCAAGUAAAGCUUUAUCUCAUCAACGAAACCAAAAGCUCUUUUAA